AGUUGCAGCGAGGGGUUUAGCAGAAUUUAAUGCCAACCCAGUGAGCCCUUGGGAAAGGAGAGGAUGCAGCAACAUGGGUCAUCCCCAUUUUUGGUUCCUCCGUCGAAAAAAUUUUCUGGGUCAUGACCUAGUCACUCUCUAAAGCAUAGUUGUUGUCGUUGUGGAUCAUCACAGGGAAACCAAAGAUCGUACCGUUCUUCUUCCCACGCGUUCCUUCAACAACAUCGUGGUCGUCAUCUUCCUCUUCUUUCUUCGGUCCAUCUUCGAUAACCAAAUUAGAAGAACCCGAAUUGUCAUUGGAAAUGGAUCCAACUCCUUUCCCCUUCUCAUCGUUUUCUUCUACAGAGAAGCCGCCCUCUGGCUCCUUCUCUCAGGGACAGCCUAGCUUCACUGGUCAUCCCUCCCCAUCGAAACCGGAAUUUGGGUUACUGUCGGCAAAUCCCAUCAUCUGUUCUUCCACUCUACCGGCUGUGAGAUCCAUACUGGCAGAGGAAGCAGCGGCGCCGCUAGUGGCAUUGGCAGAGACGUCUAGAGAGAGUGAGGAGGGAGAAGAAGAAGAGUGGCCUCACAGAUCUGGCCGUCCAUGUGUCACCAUCCAAGUUCGCCUCCGCCAGAAUCGUUGGUCAUAGACGAUUUCGAUCCCAUAAAUCUAGUUCACCAAUUCUCAAUACACGCCCCGAUUACGAUUCUGACGCCAAAAUUAAGCAAGAAGAUAAAUCAUUUCUUGCCAUGGAGAAGUACUGAUAUCGAUGACCAUGAAUGCCCUUUCAAUCCUUUGAACGAGUAGAUCAUAAUUAGAGGGUUUUGAAAAUGAGUACGACAA